AUGACAAAGGAUCCCGAAGGCCAGUAUGAGGCCCUAAGUCUGACCGAGCUCAAAAGCAGCGCCCAGGAGAAAAGCGUCAUUGGUUACAGCGUGAACUUCACCUUAGGAGGGGUGCUGCUUUUCGGGGGGUUCAAAGUAGACGCAGAAGCGAAUGACAAGGAAAGCGACAAAGAUGGUGAAGCCGGUAGCCAAAGUGGCAAUGACAGCAUUAGUGGAGAUGGCUCGGGGAAUGUCUGCAACGACGCCUAUCUGGUUCACAUCAAAAAGGACAAAGUUGAGUAUGAAACGUUAAGGAGCAAAAUUAAACCCAAAUGUAGGUGCUACCACAACUCUUGCACUUUACUAGAAAACUAUGUUGUCAUUUUUGGCGGGCUAAAUAGCGAAGUGCCUUUUGUUGCGCUUAAUGAUUUGUGGAUUUUUAACAGCGCAAAAAAAACCUUUGCGGAGAUAAAGGUCAGUUCCUAUGAAGAAGCUACUGAGGGGGUGGAGACGGCGCCUGGGUCUUCCAGAAGUGAGGCAGGGGGAGAGGAAGAGGAAGAUGAAGACGAAGAAAUGUACGAUGGAUCUAAAUUAAGUGGUGAAGAAGAUUACACAAAAGUGGACGCGGAAGAAGACGGCAAUAAUCACAGUUACAUAUUGAGCAGUGUGCACUUGAAAAAGUUAGGGAAAUAUUUGAGUUGUGACAAAGGUGCACUUGCCAGUCAGGGUAGCUCCGUUGUACCCGCCCCGAGGUACUUCUCCAGCUUAGAUCUAUACGUAAGUAAGAAAGGGGCAGCAGGGGGAGUGGUAGAGGGAGCCGCAGUAGAAGCGACAGUGGAAGCGGCAGAUGGGGAUGAAGACGACGGAGCGGAAGAUACAGGGGGAAAGGACCCAUUAAGCGUAAAGAACAACAAAAUUGUCCUGAAAAAUGCAAAUGCGUACGAAUAUUUCAGCCUCAUCCUAUUUGGGGGGUACGGCGGGUACGACAGAAGCAGCUUCAACGACUUGUAUGAAUACGACAUUUUGAGGAACCAGUGGGUUUUACGAGUCUGCAAGGGUAGCACCCCCUCGAACAGGUACGGACAUGUGUCAUUCAUCAAUGAAAAUAAUUUAUUCAUUUUGGGUGGAACCAAUGCAGAAGUGAGCUUUAAUGACAUGUACGCCUGUAACCUGAGAAACAACGAAUGGUCUGAAAUAGAUUUCUCCUACUCCUUCAAUGUCUCGAAAGUAUUUUGCCGAAGCGUGAUGGUGGAGUCCAUUGACAGAAAUAUCAUUUUCAUUUUCGGCGGGUACAACAUUGUUAGUGAUGAAAAAGGAAACAGAAAAAUUGAGUACACCAAUGCAGAGUUGAAUAUGUUGAAACUGUAUGACACAUUUAAGUUGGAAGAUUUGAAGUACACCGUGGUUAGCAGUACAGAUGCUAAAACAGGUUCUUCUGCAUCUACAGGAACAGCUCCCAUUAUAACCACAACAGCUAGCAAUGCGCAUAAUGGAUCCAUAACAAGUACAAAUAGGAACCAACUCAGCCAAGCGGAUAAAUUAAAAAUAACACAAAAGGGACAAAAUUACGAGAAAGAUGAUCCUACAACUAAUAUAAACUUUUGCUCAAUCACUUACGAUUUUGUGGACGCCAAUUUGAUCAUCACAGAUUCAAAGCAAAAAAUUUAUGUGAUAAAUAUAAGUAGAAUUAUAGGACCCAAGUAUGCCAUUUUUUCCCUACUACCAAGACACUGCGAUAUUGAAGGUCAGAAAAAAAUGCUCUUGAGGGGAAAAGGAUUUAUGAAUGAAGGAAAGAUAAGUAUAAAAUAUACAUCUGAUGAUGUCGACCUGUUCAGUGAAGGAAUUUACAUUAAUGAGAAUUACAUCUACACCAUUGUUCCUACUGCAAAAGACAAAAUUAAAAACAACAUCUGUCAUGUACACCUAUCCAUCAACGACAAAUGCUACACUACUAAUAAGUGCGUCCUGGAGUAUUACUACAAUAUAGAUCCAAAAAAGACCCUAAUUUUUGGAUCUGGCUUGUUAGAACCCAUUUGUUUAAAAGAACCCAAUAUUUUCUUUCUCAUAGCUAGAAACUCCUUGAACGAAAAUAAAAAAAUCGGAGGAGAUAAAUUCCAGAUCAGCAUCACGUAUGAACAGGAUGGAACUCACCACGACGUGAAAUACACCCUGUAUGAUAUUAACAAUGGGGUUUACAUCGUGAAGUACUUCCCUUAUGAGGAAGAGGGAAAACACAGCGAUGUCACCCUCCCUGCCAUUCCGGAGGGAGAGGUGCACCCUGCCCAAGGGGGUUCCAACUUGGAGUCCGCUGGCGCAGCCACGGCUCAUGAGGCGGUGGAAGAGGUAGGGGCUGAGGGGGCAGUGGUAGUGGAGGCAGCGGAAAACCAGGAGAAUCCGAGCAAAGAGGAAAUUGGCCAAGGAGAUGAAAGCGGAGGAAACGCGGAAGAGCCUCCAAUCACCACAGGAACCAUACACAUAUCGGUGAAGCUGAAGGGGGAAGACACCCGAAACAGUCCCUUCGCCCUGAAGGUGUACAGCCGAGUAACGGACAAAGCCAUGUUCGUGAAAAAAUUUAUCAAUGAUCGGUUAGAAGACUUAAUAAAAAAAGGAGAACGCGUUCUCAAUUUGAUUAGAAACAAAGACUUGAGCACCGCCAACCUAAUUGAGCUAAAUGUUAACAUAGAAAACUUUGUGAACAAAUUCUCCAAGUCGAUAUAUGACAUAAAUACGAUCCAGCAGUACAUCCUAUAUGGGUCCAUAGAUGCGGGGAUGGUGGAGCCAAUACUAGAACAGGUGCACCGGGAGGGGAACGUGGUGGACGCCUCUCUGGAGGACGAGUCUUCCAUCGAGAGGUACAUCGACGAAUUGAUCAGCGGUCAGAGUGCAGGAAGCGGCACAAACGGAACCCCACCAGACUCGCCCGCGCACGGAGCAGGCAACGCCUUCCUGAAGGUAAAGGACAACGAAGGCAUUGCCAAUUUUAUCGAUUCAAGUAAAAUGAAAUUCGUGGAUUCCGCGGAGGCCACCUUGGUGAAGAGGCUGAAGAGCUACAUUGCGCUACUGAACAGCGAGGAGUCGAGCCUUCGCAGCAGGAAAGAGGCGAAGAAGAGUGACGGUGGGGUAGGGGAUACCGGUCUUGGGAAAACUGCUAUGGGGAAUCCCCUCGAAGAGUACCCAACUCAGGGAGAAGAUAACCAAAUAGAAGUGAUCAUAAAUUUGCUGACCUUCUACCACAAGCUGAAAUCUGUUUGCAUCUGUAAAAAGGAAAAGGAGCUAAAGGAAGAAUUUGUGAAGGAAGAAAAGGAAAGCAUAAAAAGGAUAAAGCUUAAUUACAACAAAUUUGUAAACAUAAAAAAAAAUUUAGAAAUUUCAAGCGUCUAUACACAUAGUAGUGGAUACGAAGGGUCCUUGAAAGAAAUUGAAAAUAUGAAAAAGUACGUAGAAGAAAUUAAGGAAGAAGUAAAAAAGGUGGAACAAAUUUCACAAAAUAUUGUAAAAAUAGAAAAUGUAGAAGAAUUAAGCAAAGACAUAGAUAAUUUAGAAAAAGAAAUUGAUGAAAUAGAAAAGCUGUGGAUAUUUAUAAAAAAAAAAGAUCAAGUGCUUAAUGGAUUUCUGUUCUCUACAUUUAACCACUUAGAUGUGGAAGAGUUCGAUAUGCAAAUGAAGAACCUCCAGAAUGAAUUCAAGAAAAUCAAAGUGGACAGGAAACACAAUAUAUGGAAGGAAGAAAUGGCCAAGUUGAAGGAUAAUAUCAAAUUUGUAUCUGUUAUAAGUGAAUUAAAAAAGACAUUCAUUAAGGAAAGACACAUAAAAGAGAUCGAAGUGAGCAUAAACGAGGAGAGAUCUAAAGAAAACCAAGAACCAAUAAACCUUCUCAUUGAUGAAAAUACUCUGACAAUAUAUUUUUACAAGCUUAAUGUGAUCAAGUACCAUGAAUCCAUAGAAGAAGUGAUCAUCAAAGCUUAUAAUGAAAAAAGCAUAGAAGAAAUAAUACAGAAAUUUCAAGACUACUGGGAUGGUAUCCAUUUUAAGCAUAAGAAUUACAAAAAUGGAAUAAUUUUGACCUACGUGGAUGAUAUAUGCAUAGAGACCAUAGAGGAACAUCAAAUGAGUCUCCAAAACUGCUUCUCGUCUAAGUACUUCCUCUUCUUCUCAACGGAGCUAAACAUUUGGCAGAAAAAAAUUUCUAAUAUUUACGAGGUCAUUCUGCUACUCAAAGAUAUAGAGAAGCUCUGGGUGUAUCUUCAAAAUAUGUAUGUCUACUCAGAGGAAGUGAAAAAGGAAUUGCCCUUGUACUCCAAAUUUUUUCUCAUCAUCAAUGAUGAAUACUUGGACAUGCUCAAGCAAAUUAUUGGGAACAACACCAAGGUCGUGGACUUUGCUAAUGAGGAGGGCAUUAUAGAAAAGUUAGAAGAACUAAAGGUGAAGCUCUGCAAGAGUGAGAAGCCUCUAAACGAGUACCUUGACUCCAAGAGGAAAUCCUUCCCUAGGUUCUUCUUCAUAUCGUCUACCGACUUGAUCGACAUCCUCUCCAAUGGGAACAAUUUCAAGCUCGUCAAUACCCACGUGCAGAAAAUUUUCCUCUCCAUUAGGAAGUUUGUAACGAGUGGGGAGACCCUCACGGAGUAUGAGCUCGGGAACGAAGUUAGUUUGGGUGGUUCCACAGGUAGUACGCCCCCAAAGGAGAGCAGUCCAGCCGAACUAGAGGGCACCUCUCCAGACGUCCCUGUGGAGGUACAAAACGAGGUGAUCACGAAGCUCAUCUCGUCAUACGGAGAAGAAAUAUGCAACUUCCACGAACCCCUAGCGCUCAAGGGAAAGGUCGAGUGCUACCUCAACGACAUCAUAAAGCAUAUCAAGUACACCCUCAAGUACUACAUUGCAAAUCUGUUAAAAUUGAAACACAUGUACACUAGGGAAAAGGACAAAUGGAUAGAUCAAAAUUACCUAUCGCAAGUUUUUAUCCUUUGUAACUCCAUCUUUUUCGUUCAUGACGUUGAGAAUAUUCUACGAAAGGGAGAUUCAAAUGUCAAGGAAAACCUCCAAGCUUACUAUAAGAAUCACAUCACUCAAUUAGAAAAUGUAAUUAAAAAAGUUCAAAAGAAACUGACGGUGAAGAAUAGAAUCAAAAUUAUGUGUAUAAUUACUCUUGAUACUUUUUACAGAGAUAUUUUGGAGGUCAUCUUAAAAAAUAAAAAUUCCAUUUCGAUAAACAUGUUCGAUUGGCAAUCACAAAUUAGAAUGUACCCAUAUUUUAAAAAUGAUAAGACUAAUGCUGAUUCCUCCUCGUGGGGGAAUACCCAGAGAUAUGGACAAAGCCACGCCGUAGGUGAACAUGGAGAAGUGACUGGGGAGAAGAAACAAAGCGAAGAGACAGAACCAUCAGUAGAAAAAGACACAACGGAGAAAGAGAUGAAUAAUCAAUCCAUGGGAAACCAUACAGAUGUAAACAUUUAUGAAGAAAACUCUCUAAACUUUAAGCAACUUUAUAUAAAAAUAAAAAUUAUGGAUUGCUCUUUUAACUACUCAUAUGAUUAUAUUGGAAAUUACCAAAGGCUAGUUAUUACUCCUCUGACAAGCCGUAUAUACAUCACAGCUACACAGGCCUUAAGCCUGUAUAUGGGAUGUGCACCCGCUGGUCCUGCAGGUACGGGAAAAACUGAAACAACGAAAGACUUGUCGAGCUUUUUUGGAAAAAACUGCUACGUCUUUAAUUGCUCAGAUCAGCUGGAUUAUAAAAGUAUGGGGAAUAUAUUUAAGGGAAUUGGAAGUACUGGGUGUUGGUGCUGUUUUGACGAAUUCAAUAGGCUCAUCCCAGAAGUGCUUUCUGUGUGUUCUAUUCAAUUUAAGUCCAUCUUGGACUGCAAACGUAAUAAUAAUAAUGUGUGUAUAAUUGGGUCUGAUGAAAUUAUUGUGAAAAAGAACUGCGCCGUUUUUAUCACCAUGAACCCGGAUUAUUUGGGUAGAUCUAAAUUACCAGAGAGUCUCAAAAUUUUGUUUAGACCUAUCACAGUCAUUGUUCCAGACUUUAAUAAAAUUUGUGAAAAUAUGCUCAUGGCUGAGGGGUAUGUAGAUGCCAAAUACUUGUCCAUAAAAUUUACGACCUUCUUUGAGCUGGCGCAAAGUCUACUGAAGGAGAAGCAUUGCGACUGGGGGCUCAGAAGCAUCAAGAGUGUUCUUACCAAGGCGGGAUUCCUCAAGAGGACUUACCCGGACAUGGACGAAAACAAAUUGCUCUACUCGGCCAUACACGAUAUUAACAUUGCGAAAAUAUCUGCCUCCAACUGCCCCGUCUUCUCUGGGCUCCUCAAUGAUAUAUUCUUUUCCCACCAGGGCGGCAGCACGAACGGUGUUGAAAAAGAUACGUCGAGCGAUGCGGUGAAGAAAUCAGCCGCGGGUGCGCCAGGGGUGGCGGAAGACAAGGUGCAAGGUGAUGAAAAAAUGGUCGUAAAUGGAGUAGCAAAUGGAGCAGCAAAUGGAGUGGAGAACGUCGCUAACGGCGCCGCUACUAACUCUCCUGUGAAGCCUCCCUCGGGGGAGUUCCACCAGAACGGCAUAGAAGAAGAGUUGAUGGAGAUCUGCAGGAGGAACCAUCUGUUCGGGCUGAACUACUUUGUUAAAAAAAUAAUGCAGCUCAACGAUAUCAUCAACAUAAGGCACUGUGUAUUCAUCAUGGGGGAAGCGGGGUGCGGAAAGACGACCCUGUUUAAUAUGCUAAUGGAGUACCAAAAGCAACAGAAGCUAAAAACGGUGAGCAUCAGAAUCAACCCUAAAUCUAUCAGCAUCGAUGACUUGUACGGAAGCGUGCAUAUAAAGACGAGGGAAUGGAAAGAUGGGGUGUUCUCCAAAUAUAUGAGAAGCUACUCGAAGAGAGAAGACUGCGACAAGGCGUACAUCAUCUUUGAUGGGAACUUGGACUCCCACUGGAUAGAAAAUAUGAAUUCCGUGAUGGACGACAACAAAGUGUUAACCCUAUCUUCAAAUGAAAGAAUCCUUUUGAAAAAUCACAUGAACUUAGUGUUUGAGUUUAGCGAUUUAAUGUUUGCAACCCCAGCUACCAUAUCGAGAGCAGGGUUGGUCUACUUCUCCGUAGAUCCGAAUGACCUCUGGAAAAAUUACUUCCUUUCCUGGAUUGACAAGCAUGAAAAUUUUAAUGCUACUGUUAAAAAAGCCCUUGAAAAAUUAAUGUACAAAUAUAUAGAACCCACCUUUACCUACCUAACCACGGUGAACACGUCCGUUAAAGUGUCUCCUAUCUCACACAUUCAGUCCUUGGCAGCCUUGCUAGAUAUCCUCCUAAAGGAUAACAACUUCGAUAGCAUGGAACACUACUUCGUGUACUCAGUCAUCUGGUCCUUUGGAAGUUUCCUUGGAGAAAAAGACAAUGCAAAUUAUAAAAAGAGCUUUGACAAAUUUUGGAAAAAUACUUUUAAAAGCAUUAAGGUGAACAGGAAAAUUAGUGUGUUUGAUUUUUUCAUAGAAGGUAAUAAAUUCAAAGAGUGGGAGGAAAGUGAAAUAAAAAAUGAAGUCAACCCAACUCACCUUCUCCAGAAUGAUAUAUUCAUCGAAACGGUGGAGAGUUGUUCUUACAAGUAUAUAAGUAAAAUGUUCCUCAAAUCCAGAAUGCCCAUUUUAUUUAUUGGAAAAACAGGGGUGGGGAAAACUCUGCUCUGCAAAAAAAUUUUAAGUGAAGAAAGGGAAGAAUAUAAAAGCUUCUAUAUGAUUUUCAACUACUACACGAAUGCUAAAAAUGUGCAAUGCUUAAUGCAAAGUUGUUUGGAAAAAAAAUCCGGCAAACAAUUUAGCCCCCCUUUUCAACAGAAAUUAAUUUACUUCAUCGAUGAUAUUAACAUGCCCAAGUGUGAUGAUUAUAACACACAAAGUGCCAUUGAAUUAUUGUGCCAAUAUAUUGAUACAAAUUCUUGGUUUGAUUUGGAAAAAUUAAAUCUCAUCAAAAUAGAAAAUACAAAAUUGAUGUCUUGUAUGAAUUAUAAUAGGGGAAAUUUUACCAUAAACCCAAGACUGCUCCGACACUUCUUCAUCCUAAAUGUUAGCUUCCCCGAAAAUAACACUGUUAAUAGUAUUUUUAGUGUCCUCCUCAAGGGACACUUUAAUUCUUUCAAGCAGGAUGUAGCUGACUUAGUUCCGUCCAUCCUAAAGUCCACAAUCUCUCUCUUCUAUAACAUAGAAAAAACAUUCAAAAGGACAGCUACCUAUUUCUACUACGAAUUUAACCUUCGAGAUAUUCAUAGCAUUGUGAAGGGGUUGCUUACUGCACAACCGAGUGCCUUCCAAGAUUCUGAUAAAUUACUCUUCCUUUGGCUACAUGAAUGUGAAAGGGUAUACUCAGACAAGCUAAACAAGGAAGAUAAAAAAAAAUUCAAAACACUCAUUAUUGAUAUAGUGAAAAAAAUGUAUAACAAAUAUGAGAUAAACAAAUUUGUCAUGAACAGUAACAAAUGUUUGAUUUUCUCUAAUUUCCACAAAGGAGGUGGUAAUACUGCUACAGGUGGGUACAACGACAAGGUAUACGACAUGUGCAAAAAUUUAGACGACCUUACUACCUACUUAACAGAAGAACUAAAUGAAUAUAACAGUUUUUAUAACCUAAAUAUUGUCCUUUUUAAUGACGCAAUAAAACAUAUUUGUAAAUUAAUUCGCAUUGUAGAUAAUUUAAAAUCACAUGCUUUGCUACUAGGAAUUGGUGGAUGCGGAAAGACAACCAUCUCGAAAUUCUCCUCCUAUAUUUCAUCGAAGAGUUUUUUUGAAAUGGACUUUUCUGCACAGUGCACAGAUAAUGAUGUUAAGAAAUAUUUACAAAAUAUUUUUUAUAAAUGUGGUAUAAAAAAUGAAGACAUCAUACUGUUCCUCAAGGAAAGUAAAAUUCAUGAUAGCUUUUUCAUCUACGUUAAUGAAUACAUGUGCUCAAAUAAUAUCAUCGACUUGUAUACAAAGGAGGAAAAAGAUUACAUUGUUCAAAAUAUGAGGAAUAUUGCCAAAGCGGAUGGAAUCCAGGAGAAUGAUAAUAGCAUAUUUGAGUACUUUAUGAAAAAGGUUAAUGAAAAUUUACAUUUCAUUCUUUGCUUUUCUCCCACGAGUAACAAUUUUAGAGACAAGUCAAAUAACUUCCAAUGCAUAUUGAACAAUACCAUGAUUGACAUUUACGACAAUUGGGAAUCCGACUCGCUUCUCUGUGUGGGGCAGAACUACGUCAACAACAUCUACAUAAACUUGCGCACUGGGGACAUAGAACUCAGCGAGGACUGCCUGGGGGGGGCACCGCAGAACGAAGCAGGAGUAGUGUGUGUCGCCGCUAAUGCACCUUCCACGGAAGAGUACGUCAACCUGAAGGGAAUUGUUACGGAGUAUCUGAAGGAGUGCUACGAGGACCUGCUCGAUAUAGCCUCCAACUACUACGCCCAUGAGAGGGCACACAUCUACAUCACCCCCAAACUAUACCUGGAGAGCAUCAAGACCUACCACAUGAUGCUCCUAAAAAACAUCACCAGCAUAAGCAGAAAAAUGGAUAUGCUUAAAAGUGGAAUCACCAAAAUGAAUGAAACAAGUGCAAACGUGGAGAACAUCAAGAAUUGUCUCAAGGAAAAAAAAAAAAUAUCGGAAGAAAAAAAAGAAGCAUCAGAAAAAUAUGCCAUAGAUAUUGGAAAUGAAAAAAUGAUUGUUAAGAAAGAGAGCGACUUGGCAGAUAUAGAAGAACAGAAAUGUCUGGAAAUUCAAAAAACGGUGCUGAAGCAACAAGAGGAAUGUGAAAAUGACAUAGCCUUGGGAAUUCCCCUCAUAGAACAAGCCGAAGAGGCGUUAAACACACUGAACAAAAAAAAUAUACAAGAGUUGAAGACACUAAAUAAACCACCUCCAGGAGUAGAAGACAUUACAGCAGCAGUUAUGCAGCUAUUAGCUACAAUCGACACCACUAUCUCUGUUGAUAAAUUUGGAAAAAUUAAAGAUAGGAGUUGGAAGUCUGCUCAAAAAAUGAUGAUCAAUCCAGAGAAAUUUAUCUCCCUACUUAAAGAUUACAAAAACAAAAUUGAUGAAAAUUUAGUUCCAGAUUGCAACUUCAAGUACGUAGAGAAUUUAAUUAAUCUUCCCCAUUUUAACAAAAAUGCGAUUCAGAAAAAAUCUAAAGCUGCUGGAGGGCUAGCUGAAUGGGUUCUAAAUAUUACAUCGUUCCACAAAAUUAUACAAAAUAUUUUGCCCAAGAGAACACUCCUAGAAAGUACGAAAAGAAGUUUGGAAGAAGCAAACGAGAAAUUACAAACGGUAAGAGAAAAGGUACAAUCCCUUAAGGCACAGCUGAGCACUCUUAUAAGUCAAUAUGAUCACGCUCUCUACGAAAGAGACCUUGUCAUUUUGGAAGAAAAAAAACUUAAAACCAAAUUAGAACUAUCCAUUAGAUUGAUAGAUGCUUUAAGCAGUGAACAAAUAUCAUGGUCCAAUCAAUAUGAAGCUUUGAAGAAGAAAAAAAAAACCAUCCUCACGGAUAUACUUUUGUCUUCCACUUUUGUUACCUUUUGCGGGGGAUUCACCAAAAAGUACAGAAACAAAAUCAUGAAAAAAUGUGUUGAGACGUUGAACAGGAAGAAUCAGGUUCAGAACGAGGUCUUUAGAGAAGUUCUUAAGAAGAUGCAAAAGAGCACUGGAAAGGAGAAGCCUGUCAAGUGGACCGGCGCACCAACUACCAAAGAAAACGAGUGCGUGGGUGCUUCCAUUGCAAGUGGCGGCGUUGGCAGAAAUAAUAACGGUUUAGACCAAACGGGGGGAGAUGAUACGCUACACAGAGGAGACAUUUCCCCUUGCAAGGAGGACUCCAAGGAAGACAUCCCAUACGAUAUCUUCUCAGUGAGCAGCUUCAAUUUGGACCUCCUAAUAAACGAAGAAACUCUUUCAAAGUUGAGCAAACAAGGAUUAACCCUAAAUUCGGUGUGCAUAGAAAAUAACCUGAUUUUGGAAAACAGCGAAAAAUUCCCCAUCAUUAUAGAUCCUCAAAUGGAAAGUCUCAAAUGGUUAAUCAACAGCCAAAAGGAGAAAAGCGAAAAACUAAUAAUCACAGACAUAAAUGAUAGUAUGCUUUUUAAAAAAAUAAUUGAGUGUCUUUCAUUUGGCUACUCCAUAAUCAUAGAAAAUGCUGAUGAAAAUAUCGAUAACUCUCUGUACAAUAUUAUUUCCAAAAAUAUAAUAAGGCGAAAAAACAAUUACUAUAUCAACAUUAACGAGAAGGAACACGUGUUCCACCCCUCGUUUUAUAUCAUCCUGCAUACUCAGUUGUCUAAUCCCCAUUACCAACCAGAGAUCCAAUCAGCCUGCUCAUUAAUAAAUUUCACUGUGACUCCUGAUGAUCUAGAAGAGCAUCUCCUCUCCAUUACCCUAGAAAAUGAAUUCAACCAUUUGUCCAAGAAGAGAAAAAAAUUAUCCUUACUUAAGUAUGAUUACAUGUGUCAAUUGUCUUUUCUUCAAUCUUCCAUUUUACAAAAGCUAACAAAUGCCAAGGGAGAUAUACUGGAAGAUGUCUCUCUCAUUGAAAACUUAGAAACUACCAAACUGCUUAGUGAAAAUAUUACCAAAAAAACAGAAAUUGUGAAAAGCACAGAAGUACACAUCAACACCAUCAUCAACUUGUAUAGACCCUUGUCCAGACGGGGGGUCAUGUACUUUUUCAUCCUUCAGAAGCUCAAAAACAUUCAUUCCUUUUACUUUUACUCGUUGGAAAUUUUUUUGAAGAUCUUUAUCAAGUGCCUCAAUGACUGUGCUGAGUUCAGGCCUCCCAACAGCGGCCCCCAACAACCAAGGGGCAAGAGCCGCAGCAACAACCGCAGCAGAAACCACCGCAAGGGGGAACAAGUGCCUCCGAAGGGGGAAAUACCCACCAAAAUGGAAAUAAACGUGAACGAGGAAGGGCCAACUAAAACGGAAGUUAUCGCCAAUACAAACGAACAUGAGGGUUCCGUCAUCCCAACUGCAACUGAGCAAGAAGAAGGUGUCACCACCAACCCAGUUGAGCCAAGAGAAGAGGAAACAGCCGAAAAAAUAGAAGCACCAGAACAGCCACAACAGCCAGAAGCAGCGGUAGAACCAGAAGCGGGAACCGACCAAACAGCAGCCGAAGUUUCCCCCAAAACAACUGAAAAAUUGGAGGAGCUAGAAGUAGCGGUCGAGACGGCCGAACCAGAAGCGGCCGCCAAUACGGAUGAGCCAGGAGAAGAGGAGACAGGAGAAAAAACAGAAGAACCCGAAGUGGCAGCCGAACCAACCGAACCGGACGCGGUUGCCAAUGCAGAAGAACCAGAACCUUCCGAUACUCAGACCGCACUUGAACAGGACGCCAGUCCAAUUGAACCCGAAUCGGAAGCUGUCAUCGAGUCAGCAGAACCCAAAGCGGACGUCAAUGCAGCAGAUUCAGCAGAAUCAGAAGAACCAGAAGCUGCCGCUGCUACUGCCGCUGCCACCGUCGCUGAAGUGGUCGUUGAAGCAAAAUCUGCCGGUUCCGCUCAAGUGGAGGCCCCGACCAGCGCGCAGAAGGGAGAAGAGGGCCCCGAGAAAGAAGACCUGGAUACCACAACCCUAGAGAGUAACGACUCGGACGGCAUCGACUUCGAAAGUGACGACCUGGACGGAGAAGAUGCACAAAGUGAAGAAACAAAGAUAGACAAAAAUGAAGUACAGAAAAGAGUUAACGUACUUAUCAAUCUUCUAAUAGAAAAAAUGUGGAUGUACAUUGAUAAGGGGCUCCUAGAAAGAGACAAACUUAUUGUGAAGUGUCUCAUCAUGUUAAAUUUGGAAAAGCUAAACGGCAAAAUUACCCAAGAGGAAGAGGAUAUGUUUAUUAAUCCCAAGUGUACUCUAAAGCCAAAUCAAAGAGAAAAUGAAAGAGGAGAAAAAAAAUUAAUUAAUAAAUCUUUCAUGAGUGAAGAUUUAUAUCAAGACUGUAGAAAUUUGGAAAAUUUGAAAGACUUUGAUAAUCUUACAGAAAGCUUAGAAAGCGAGAGUAUGUCAUGGAAGCAGUGGUUCUUAAGUGAUAAGGUAGAGAAUGAAGAGCUUCCAAGAAAGUAUAACAAUUUGAAGGACUUCUCCAAGCUGCUACUAAUAAGGGUGUUGCGAAAGGAUAGGUUCCCUGUGGCGCUUAAAAAUUACAUACAGACUAAUAUCAAAAUGACGAAUGAUGAAAAAAACACCUACGCGCUGGACAAAAUUCUGGCGGAGUACAUUGAUAACAAGACCCCAGUGUUGUUUCUCUUGACACCGGGAAAUGACCCCUCCAAGGAUAUCGAGGAGUACGUGGCCAAGCUGAAGAGGACCAAAGGGAAAGGUGUGAAGAGUGACAAAAAAAGUGAUCAUAUGAAUGGGGACCAGUACAGCGAAGAAAGCAUUUCCUAUGUUAACAUCUCCAUGGGACAAGGGCAAGAGAGCAUUGCGCUCAAGUACCUCAAGGAAAUAUCCAAGUCAGGGGGAUUCAUAUUCCUACAGAACAUCCACCUCAUGACUAAGUGGCUAAAAGAAUUUGAAGAAAUCCUUGACAAAAUAUUAACCGAUGCGCACCCGAAUUUCCGUCUAUUCCUAUCAUCAGCUAUCCCUUCUGAAAAAGACACCAAACUUUUACCCGAAAAACUAUUAAAAAAGUGCUUCAGAAUUAACAAUGAAAAGUCUUUCAGCCUCAAGGAUAAUAUCAAGUGUUCCUUGGAGAAAUUUCAAAAUAAGGAGUACGACGAUAAGCUAAAAAAUGUCAUUUUUGGUCUCUCCUAUUAUCAUAGCUUGCUCUUGGGAAGAUUUUUAUACGGAAAAAUUGGAUUCAGUCAAUCAUAUUCCUUCAACUAUAAUGAUCUGGAAAUUUCUUUUAAUAUUAUUAAGAGGUACUUGGAGAGUUACAACAGCUUCCCUCUUGCAGACGUUCUGUUCCUCAUAGGGGAAAUAAUUUACGGGGGGCACAUCACGGACGUAUGGGACAGACGCAUAAAUAAGACGUACGCCAAAAAUGUGCUCAAGGAGAUAUACAAAAAUGUGGUUGCCAUUAAUGGCCGAUCGGUUAGUGGAGAAGACGAAAAUGACGCAGAUGAAGAGGAUUCCCGUCGUGUGGGGGAGAGCGACGAAAGUGGGCGUGGUGCUACACACGGAAAGAAGCCUGAGGCCCGCCGCGGAAAUUAUCAGGAGGAUGAAAUGGACGAGCAGGCAGUACUCAAGGAUACCAGAACGAACAUCCUCUUCGAAUUGUUCAAAUUUCCUGACUGCACCAAAUACAAUAUUGCCCAGUUAAAAAAAUAUGUUGAUGAAAAAUUGAACAAAGAACAGAUAUGCUUGCUAGGUCUCCAUGUGAACGCAGAAAUUGAAUACAUGAAAAAUGAGUGCUCCAGAAUUUUGCAAAACUUGCAAGAGAUUAGUAGUCGGGAAAUUUCCUCCUCACAGGAUUCUUACCAAAAGGGGGAAAAAACGGCCUCCACGGGAAACGCAGAUGGAAGUAAAGAAGGAAGUCGCACCAGUGGUGAUAGCAAAGAUGGUGGAAAGAGUCCUAAGGAGUCGGACCAAAGAGACAGACAAACGGAGAGUGGAAAAAAUGAAACCACAAAAAUUAUAUACGAUAUUAUUAACCGUCUCUUAAAUGAACUCCCAGAAAAAAUAGACAUAAGCGACCUGAAAAUAGAAGACACAGAAACGAACACAUUUAUGGUCAUUGCAUUGAAGGAGUCUGAAAAAUUCAACACACUCAUUGAUUGUAUAUAUGAUAGCUUGGUCGAGAUAAAGCUAGUGCUAGAUGGUAUACUAAAUAUGAACAGUAAAAUACAGCAUAGCAUAAAAGCUUUGUUAUUACAUAACAUCCCGGAAGUGUGGAAGAGCUUUUCCUAUCCUUCGAAAAAAAAACUUCUUCCAUGGUUUGAAGAUUUUAAAUUGAGAGUAAAUUUUUUACAAGAAUGGAUUUCAAAAAUAAGGUGUAAUAUUUUCUUACCUAAUUCUGUAUGGCUAUCAGCUCUGUUCAAUCCCAUUUCGUUUCUCACGGCCAUUAAACAAAAAUUCUCGCAUGAGAAUAAGGUCCCUAUCGAUAAGCUAAAGCUCAAGUGGCAUGUCACAAAUAUCACCAAGGUGGAAGAUCUGAACAAUAAAAAUAAUUCUUUGUUCAUCCAUGGCUUGUUUCUCCAGGGCGCCUCCUGGUUCAUUAAUUCUCAGAAUGACUCCUUCACAUUUGACAUGGAUAAUUUGAGUGAUAAUGUGUCGUAUGGCAAUAUAGUGGAGUCUGUGCCGAAGAACAUUUUUUUCCCCAUGCCGCUCGUCUACGUUUACUGUGUAACGAAUGAACAGGACGAGCAGCUCGCCCGUGCAUCCGACGCCCGCUACUUGGAUACGCCCCUCUAUAUCACCUCGGACCGGGGCGGCACCUUCGUCUGCUCCGUGGAUUUGAACCUAGAAACGGACGACGUCGAGGACAAGUGGAUUUUGGCAGGAGUUGCCCUGUUCCUCUCGGACGAUUAG